AUGUCGAACCUGAAUGGGAGCUUCUGGUGGAAGCAGUUGAAGAAGACGACAACCAUAGUAGCAUGGAUGACCCUGGUCAAGACUUGGCCAAAGAACAAUACAAUAAUCACCAGGAUAUUCAAGCACACCAACUGUUAUGCUGCCAAUGUGGAAUACGGCGCUCGAAUUGCCAAUGCGAAGGAGGAGAAUUUGUAUCAUCCUUUCAGUUCUAAGAUGGAUUGGGAGGUCAUGAGGUGGGCGAAACUUCGUGGACUCAGUUCGACAGCUUUUUCAGACUUGCUUGCAAUCGAGGGGGUCAGUGAGCGUUUGUCACUCUCCUUCAAGAAUGCGAACGAGCUGAAUGCAAUUGUCGACCAUGAACUUCCAACUAGCUGCCCAAAGUUCAAACGAGAGCAGAUCAUUGUUGCCAGUGAAGCUUUCGAUGUGUAUUAUUGCGAUGUGAUCAAUUGUGUCAGGUCAUUGUACGGUGAUCCUGACUUUGCAAGAUAUCUUGCAUUUGUGCCCAAGCGGCAUUAUGCUGACAAGGAUGAGACAGUUCGUCUCUUUCAUGAUAUGCAUACAGGAAAAUGGUGGUGGGAUACACAGAAAAAACUCAAUCGCCACAGUCCAGGUGGCACCAUCAUUCCCAUCAUUAUCUCAUCCGACAAAACGCAAGUGACCUUGUUCCACAACAAGUCCCCAUCACGCGGUGCCCAUAUACUUUUGGCAUAUUUGCCGUGUACACGACUCAAACACAUCACAAACAAAGCUUCGCAGCACCGAACUAUGGCAAACCUAUACCAUGCUUGUCUGAGCCGUGUUCUCACUCCGCUGAAGUCAGUUGGACUUGAUAGACUUCGUAUGGCUAGUGGGGAUGGCACUCUCCGUCGAUGUCAUCCAUUAUUCGCUAGUUUUGUCGGUGACUACCCAGAACAGCUCCUUGCUACUGGAAUCAAGUUUGGAGAGUGUCCUAAAUGCGACAUCGAUGCUGAUGAAACGGGUAGCAAUACAGCACCGUUUCAUUUACAGAAACUGAAUGAAAUACUAGAUGCCCUUGCUGCUCUCAAUGAAGGCAAUUUAUCCUUCGUUCACGCUUGCUCGUUAGCAGGCAUCAAGCCCAUCGUCCAUCCUUUCUGGGAAGAUCUCCCGUUCACCAACAUUUUCCAUGUGAUCACACCAGAUGUCUUACACCAGUUGUAUCAAGGCUUGAUCAAGCAUCUCUUAGGAUGGUUGUCGGCUGCUUGUGGGGCUGCUGAAAUCAAUGCUCAUUGUCGCCGUCUUCCUCCCAACCAUCAUAUCCAUCUGUUCAGGAAGGGCAUCACUAGCUUGUCGCGUAUAAGUGGGGCUGAACAUGCCCAAAUCUCUCGCUUUCUCCUCGGUAUCGUUAUUGGUAUCCAAUUGCCUAAUAAUCUAAACGAAAGUCGACUUCUACGAGCAGUACAGGGUCUACUUGAUUUCCUCUAUCUCGCACAAUAUCCUUGUCAUAGCUCAGAGACCCUGCAGCUGCUGGACGACGCACUCGAUCUUUUUCACGACAAUAAGGACAUUUUAAUUGAGCUGGGCAUCCAAAACACUUUCAAUCUACCAAAACUACACGCGACACGCCACUACUCUCUCAUGAUUAUGAUGUUGGGUACCAUGGAUAAUUAUAAUACAGAGUAUACUGAACGACUUCAUAUUGAUUAUGCAAAGGACGCUUACCACACUACAAAUCACAAAGAUGAAUUUGUGCAGAUGACACGCUGGCUCGAACGAAAGGAGAAGAUUCUGCGCUAUGAUAAGUACAUCAACUGGCGACUUGCUGGCAGUCACGAGUCCGAGCCCUACCAUUCACGUCCACCCGAUAUGACUGUCCGUCGGCUUCAAACGAUGACAAAGAACCCUAGUGCAAAGGCCGUCAGUAUGGACCAGCCGAUUGAAGACUACAGCGCUACUUAUUUCCGUGAAGCACUUGCAUGCUUUAUCACACAACUCAACCGCACCAAUGAUCCCUGCCUCUCUAGCCAAACACUGGAUGCGUUGGCACACAACGUCCAUUUCCCAUUCCGAACUCUCCCAGUUUUCCAUAGGAUCAAGUGGCUCUCAGUGGAUAGUCGUGGUCAUGGCGACACAAUAGUCACAUUGGACUCUGUACAUGCCAGACCACGGCAGUCCUCAUCGGCUCGUCGUUCAGACACAGCUCUUGUGAGCCUUGGUCCAAGUUUCCGCGUACCCAAGCACUUAGCUUACAUUGAAUGGUUUACGCCAUUCCCUUCGGCUCCUGAUCGACACAGUGGGCUUUACAAGCUCUUGCGGUCGUUCCGUGGUGGUGAAAAACUGGCAAGUAUUGUGCCAUUGGCAAACAUUCUGCGUAGUGUCCAUCUUAUACCGAAUUUUGGUGCCGUCGUCCCACGAGAAUGGACGAGUGAUACGGUUCUGGAUGAUUGUAACAUUUUUUGGUUGAACUCGUACUUAGAUAGAUACACUUUUUGUUUAUUCAAAUAA